AUGAAUAACACACACAUGCCAUCUCAGAAUGAAUCGAGGACCGAAUGGUUUGAUCAAUUUACAUCACAAAGCACUCCACAGUCACCGUCAGGCCCGUCAAUGACGACUUUCGACGUUGAUGAUGGCCCUGGUAUCCACGGGAUAAUUUCAAGAACAGAUGUGGUGUUAUUUGUUGAUCCUAAUGAGCCUGCAAACACUGAGGAGGCGAAAGCUGAGGAGUCUCAAGCUGACGAGCCUCAAGCUCACAAGCCUCAAGCUGAUCUGUUCAAGAGGGAGAGAGUCCCUGAAUACUUGAUCAAGUCCCUGAACAGCUUCUCUUCUUACCAGCUUAAGGCCCUCAACACUCCCCUGAAUCGUACCAAGCUCCAGAUCAAAAUCACCAGUCUCGGCUCGAACAAGCGUGAUUUGAAGCUGCCAGGCCCUGAUGCCUUCAUUACCGCCACGCUUAUAGCCAUCAACAAGUUGAUGUCGGAACAAGAGGUUGCAGCGUCUCGCAACAUCCCAACGUACACUCAGAAGUUUGUCAACCAGCUUGAUGCUUCCUUACUGGUCCUCGACGACCAAUCUGACACUUUCUUCGUCGUCCCAAUAGCAAGAAACAGAGAGGUGGAAGAUGGCGAGCUUCUAGUUGAAGUGACAACUGCAGCAGUGUUGGAGGCACUGCAAACUCAACUUGAGUGGUAUACAUCACAGACAUUCCACCUAGGUGACUAUCCUGACAUUGGGUUCAAGCUACAGCCGGUUGAGCGGCAAAUACCUGACGAGAACAUCCUUCUCCUGAAAGUUGUGGUGCCAUGGAAGUACCUGGCCCUAAUUGGCCAGCCCACAAACUUCUUCUUUGACCAGUUCAUGAAGGAUGAGACUGGCCAGGUUCAACCUUACGAGAUACUGGAUCAGUAUUUCGGGUAUGACCCUACAAACCCUCAGCCUGAUUUCCAAGCUAUACACCUCUACAAGAAUAAGAACGAGGACCUGGUCAUCAAGGGCUUCAUCAUACUCCACAAGAAGUCGGAAAUGCUUCCUAGACACGACGUCGAUGGAUUCAAGUGUACGGUUCUCGACAGGGCCCAGUGGUUGUCCCACCAUUCCCCGUCCAUGGUGUACACGGGGAACACCGGGAGCCAGUAG